AUGAAUCGCGUAACGAACGACGAAGAAAAGAAUGAACAAUCAAUUAGUGGGAUCGAGAUUGACUCAUCAAGUGAAAAUAUUCUUGAGAGUUCGCGCGAUGCACCUAAGACAGGACUGUUGGAGAGGUUGCGGGGCUGGGAGCAAGCCCUUGAUCGUAGGCUAGGAGUCGAAUCCCACAGCAUCCAGCGCAAGUUACCGAACGAUAGGAACCCAUUUUAUGCCAGCUGGUCAGGUCAAUGGGCGAUGAUAGGCUUUUGGAUGGGCGGUUGUUUAAAUCUCGGUACCUUCGCAACGGGCUUCCUAGGUUGGGAGCUAGGUUUGGAUUUGCAACAGAGUAUUCAAGUCAUUGUUUUCGGUACGGCCGCGGGCGCCGUUGUCACUAGCUGGUGCGCAACGAUGGGGGCGCCAACGGGACUCCGUCAAGUCUCAAUUUGCCGAUACUCCCUAGGCUGGUACCCAUCAAAGGUCAUUGCCAUCCUCAAUGUUAUCCAACAGAUAGGUUGGUGUGCUUCGGGAUCGAUUGCUGGGGGACAAGCGUUGUCGGCCUUCUCGGAUGGUAAAGUUGGGACUCAAGUCGGUGUUGUCAUAUGCAGCGUGAUGAGUUUGGUAUUCUCCUUCCUUGGGUUGAAAGCGGUGUAUCAAUAUGUGAAGUAUGCCUGGGUUGUAUUCCUGGUCGUAUUCCUUAUCAUGCUGGGAGAAGUCGCUAAAUAUGGCGAUCUCGCGACUCCGCCGUCCGCGCGUGGAGUAACGGGGUCCGGGGCGGCGCUAACAUUCUUUGGGAUCAUGUACGGCGCGAGUGCUUGCUGCGCCGGUUACGUCUCGGAUUUCUAUGUUGAAUACCCAGCAAACACGUCCAAGGUUACAGUGUUCUUACUAACCUUCCUGGGUCUUUUCAUCUCCACCUGCAUAUGCGGCGGAGCGGGAGCCGUCGCCGCCUCGGCCCUGCCAAAUAAUAAGUUGUGGGAAGAGCAAUAUAAUAUAGGUGUCGGGUUUUUGAUCCAAGCAAUGAUUUACCCUUAUGGCCUCGCUAAGUUGACCCUGUUUCUGCUGAUGUUUAUGGCCAUUAGUUUGAAUAGCGCAUCCAUGUACAGUGCAGCUCUUUCGAUACAGCUGUCUGCUCGUGCAUUAGCGGUGGUGCCAAGGUUCAUCUGGACCCUUCUGUGCUUCGGUGCCAUCGUCGUUUUGAGUGUGGCUGGAAGUGAUCGUCUCUUGGUGUUCCUGCAGGACUUUCUCUCUCUAUUGGGUUACUAUGCGACCGCCGUCUUCGUUUGUUUGGUAUCCGAGCAUUACUUGUUCCGUCGCGGUUCAUUCAACAAUUACAACCUGGAAGCUUGGAAUAAACCCGAGAUGUUACCCCUCGGGUAUGCCGGCGGACCUGCUUUCAUCUGCGGGAUCAUUGGAGCUGUUCUUGGCAUGUCCACGACCUGGUAUACUGGUGUUGUCGCUAAGCUGAUCGGUGACUUGGGUGGUGAUAUCGGAAACGAGCUUUGCUUCUUAUUGACCCUUUUUGUCUACGUACCGGCUCGAUUCGUGGAAAUAAGGCUAGUGGCAAAAUGA